UGAAGCGAAACAUGGACAACACAACAGCUGUAACAUUCAAAAUGACUGCAUAUGUUGUCAUGGAAAAAUACAAACAUGGCAUGUUUAGUGUUUUCCUCCUGGUGUACUUUAUUAGCAUCAUUUUGAAUUCACUGCUCAUUUCUAUUAUACACCAAAACAAGGAGCUGCAUCAGCCUAUGAAUGUGUUCAUAUGCCUGUUAUCCCUCAAUGAAAUGUACGGCAGCACUGCUUUGUUACCUGCAUCGAUGGCUGUGCUCCUAUCUAAGACACAUGAAGUGCCUGCCAAGUGGUGCAUGGCUCAAGUCUAUUUCCUGCACACAUAUGCAAGUGGGGAGUUUUGUGUUUUAGCGCUUAUGGGAUACGACAGAUAUGUUGCUAUAUGUUAUCCGCUUCACUACCACAGCAUCAUGUCUAAUUCAAAAAUGAGGAAGCUUAUUGCACUGGUAAUCCUGUACCCACUGAUUAUUUUUGCAUGUUUUUACUCACUAACCUUACAGCUGCGCCUCUGUGGCAAAGUCAUCCCAAAAAUGUACUGUGUGAACAUGGAACUGGUCAAAAAUUCAUGUUCAAAUGCACCGUACAUAAGUAUUGUGGGGCUAGUGUUGAUUUUUCUCUUAGUUGUCCCCCAGUUAGUGAUGAUUGUUUUCUCUUAUGCACAAAUUUCAAGAGUAUGUAGGAAAUUACAAAAGGAAUCUCAAGCCAAAGCUCUGAAAACAUGCAUCCCACAUUUAUUUUCUUUGAUGAACUACACAAUCGGUUCCUUGUUUGAAAUUAUCCAGACUAGAUUUGAAAUGAGUCAUGUAGCUUUAGAGUUACGGAUCUUUUUGUCAUUGUACUUUGUCAUCAUCCCAUCAAUAACCAACCCAUUGCUGUAUGGACUUGGCACUCAGAUAGUAAGAGUUUAUAUACUGAAACUGUUUAUUAAAUACAAAAUUCUGCCAACAAAAUUAGCAAAUGCACUGACUACAGCUUAGGUGCUGCUGUGCUAAUAUGCAUUGUGUAAUGAAGGCAAAAAUGUUUUCUUUAUGAAAUAAUUACUCUUAUGCAACCACCUAGGUUACUUUAAUCUUUGCUGCUCUUUUUAAUUUCAUCUUUAUAUUUAACAAUGCUGACAAUAAUAAUCAAAUAAUGUAUAAUGAAAGGCAAACCUGUGAUUUAAAUGUGGAAAUGGAGAGCAAAAUAUAUUUUUCACCUAACAUAUCUGAAUAUGAUGUACUGUUGAUGAAUUUAAAGAUACAAAGUGCUUCUGUGUUAGCUCAUUUAUAAAAGUGUUUCAGAAAAUGAGAAAUAUGCAACAUGUCAUAGUUUACUUUGCAAGAUUAAAUUUGCCUUUAAGUAAUGCUGCUGAACAGUUUUGGUUUUUGCAUGUCUGCAUAUUAGAUGAAACUUGACUUCAAAGCAUUGUAAUGUCUUUUGAAAAUGUGUUUGACUUCAACCAAAAAACGUGUUGACAGUAUCUGUACUCUGAGCUUACCCUGUAUAAACCUCCAAUUUAUUAUAUGACAAGGUUUGUAUACCUUUUACUAGUGACACAAAUUUUUAAUUCACUCCUCAAAAAUGAAUAAAUCAACUUAGACAUCAUCAUAUGUCCUCUCAGUUCCAUGAGUCGUUUCACCUGCUGAAAUAUUCACUUUUAAUUCGUUGCAUCAUAUUUGUUGAAUUUGUUCACAAAUUUUGAUUCUGCUCUGUUAAUGACUAACAAGUGGAGUAAAGUGGAGAUGCUGACAUUCCUACAGAAAUGCUGCAUUCAAACUAACAACUGAAAGAGUAAUGGGAAAAGGAGGGAAAAGAGAAAACACACUCAGUCAUAUACAGUAUUCUGCAGAGACUGGUAGUCACGCAGAUUCAUUAAAUCAGCUGGAUGACACCUACUGUAUGUCACAUUAAGAGGAUAUACCAGGUACUUAAAGCUUUGGAGUGAAUUCAAAGAGAUUAAAUGAUAUUUUUACUCUGGAAUAAAACCGAGUUGCUGGGCAAAGGAGAGCUUCAGCCUUUUAAAGGAGGAGUUUCUGCAG